CGAUUUAUCUACCAAGUUUCCUUUUAUAGAAAUAAUUAUAUAGUAAUGAAGUUGCCGAACCCAACCCGAUAUCGAUGCGGCAAUGCUACUAUGUUAAAACCACCAACCCCUACGAAACACGUUCUCUUGCAUCUUUAUUCUCACGCAUCUUCAUCAAUUAAUUCAUUUCUCUUCUUUCGGUGAUUCUUAUUCAUCUUCUUCUUCUUCUUUCAGGACAUGUUAGUUAAGUAGGUGUAUGCUAUAAAUUCCGCAACCUACCUCCCAAGCCAACGUGUUCGGUGGAACUCUGUUAAAAUAUUCUUUUUUAUGGCGUAUAUGUUUUCCUUCACAUUCAGUUAGCGUAGUUUGACGUGUAUGCGGUGGGAACCUCAUCUGUAUUUUUGCGCCAUGAAUGCAUGAGGAACAAUCUCAACUCUUUCAUUUGUUGGUGAAAGAGAGGCUGGCCUUGCGCCAUGGCUUCCCUUCAACUCUUCCAGCUAACUCAGAAGGGCCAGAAUUUUGCAGCUUCAAGGAGAAGAACCUUGCUACUUGCAACUGGUAUCUUUAUUGCUGGUGGAACUGCUGUAUAUGUGCAAUCGCGGUUUAGAGUUAAUAAACAUGUUGCCUUAGGCCAUUCCAAUGAUCAUAACAAGGAUAAAGAAGACCUCACAAAGGAGGAGGCUGCAAAGGGAAUUACUACAUCACAAAAUAAACAAAAGAAAGGAGGGUUGAAGUCACUUCAAGUCCUUGCUGCAAUUCUUCUAUCUGACAUAGGCCAAUUAGGUGCAAGGAACCUUUUAGCUUUAGUUGCCAUAGUGGUACUGCGGACCACUUUGAGCAACAGGCUAGCAAAAGUGCAAGGCUUUCUAUUUCGUGCUGCUUUUCUGCAACGUGUACCUUUGUUUCUUCGGCUAAUUUCAGAAAAUAUUCUUUUGUGUUUCCUAUUAUCAACUAUCCAUUCUACAUCAAAGUACAUUACUGGGACUUUGAGUCUGCAAUUCAGAAAAAUAUUGACUAAAAUUCUCCAUUCUCACUAUUUUGAGAAUAUGGUGUACUACAAAAUAUCACAUUGUGAUGGUCGGAUAACUAACCCAGAGCAAAGAAUUGCCAGCGAUGUGCCAAGGUUCUGCUCAGAGUUAAGUGAAAUUGUUCGGGAUGAUUUAACUGCACUAACUGAUGGACUGCUAUACACUUGGCGGCUGUGUUCAUAUGCAAGUCCAAAAUAUGUCUUCUGGAUAUUGGGCUAUGUACUUGUAGCUGGGACCACAAUCAGAAAAUUCUCUCCUCCAUUUGGUAAACUAAUCUCCAGAGAGCAGCAAUUGGAAGGAGACUAUCGACAGCUUCACUCGCGAUUGAGGACUCAUUCGGAAAGUAUAGCAUUUUAUGGUGGAGAGAUGAGAGAAGAAGCCCAUAUUCAGCAGAAGUUUAGGACCUUAGUUAGGCAUUUGAGUAGUGUCCUACAUGACCAUUGGUGGUUUGGCAUGAUUCAGGACUUUUUAUUGAAGUACCUUGGUGCUACAGUUGCUGUUAUUCUGAUAAUUGAGCCUUUCUUUUCUGGCCAUCUAAGGUCUGACAGUUCAACUUUAGGGCGUGCAGAGAUGCUAAGCAAUCUAAGAUAUCAUACUAGUGUUAUUGUUUCCCUAUUUCAGUCACUGGGAACUCUCUUUAUUAGUGCAAGACGGCUCAAUAGACUCAGUGGUUAUGCUGAUCGCAUUCAUGAGUUAAUGGCUGUAUCAAGGGAGCUAAGCCUGGAGAAUGAGAAAUCUUCACUCCAAAGACGAGGAAGUAGAAGUUUCAUAAGUGAAGCUAACUACAUUGAAUUCUCUGGUGUCAAGGUUGUAACUCCCACUGGUAAUGUCUUAGUGGAUGACUUGACUCUUAGGGUUGAGUCAGGCUCGAAUCUAUUGAUUACAGGUCCAAAUGGCAGUGGAAAAAGCUCACUAUUCCGGGUUUUAGGCGGUCUUUGGCCAUUGGUAUCUGGACAUAUUGUGAAACCUGGCAUUGGCUCUGAUCUUAAUAAGGAAAUCUUUUAUGUGCCACAAAGGCCAUACACUGCUGUAGGAACACUUCGUGAUCAGUUAAUUUACCCACUCACUGCAGGUCAAGAGGUUGAAUCGCUUACAGAUAAUGGGAUGGUGGAGCUAUUAAAAAAUGUUGAUCUUGAGUAUCUUUUGGACCGUUACCCCCCUGAAAAAGAGGUAAACUGGGGUGAUGAACUUUCUUUGGGUGAGCAACAAAGAUUAGGCAUGGCUAGGCUUUUCUACCAUAAGCCUAAAUUUGCAAUUCUGGAUGAAUGCACAAGUGCUGUCACAACUGACAUGGAACAACGGUUUUGUACUAAAGUUCGGGCCAUGGGAACAUCAUGCAUUACCAUAUCACAUCGUCCAGCAUUAGUUGCAUUCCAUGAUGUAGUUUUAUCCUUAGAUGGUGAGGGAGGCUGGAGUGUUCGUUAUAGAAGGGAGGACUCUUCUUCUGAAUUGGGGAUUGAUACAAUGAAGGCAUCUCAGACAAAGCGACAGCAUGAUGCAGAGACAGUUCAAGAAGCAUUUGCCACGAACAAAAAGGGUUCUGCAUUCUCAAAGUCAAGGGCACAAUCAUAUAUCACAGAAGUCAUAUCAUCAUCUACAUCCAUGAAUUCUACUAUUUCAGCAUCUGCUGUUCCCCAAAUUAAAAGUAAUUUGAGGCCAUUGCCACUAAGAGUAGCUGCCAUGAGCAAAGUAUUGGUGCCCACCAUAUUUGAUAAACAAGGAGCACAACUACUUGCUGUUGCUUUCCUUGUUGUUUCAAGAACAUGGAUCUCAGAUCGUAUUGCAUCAUUGAACGGUACUACUGUGAAGUUUGUGUUGGAGCAGGAUAAAGCCUCCUUUAUUCGACUGAUCAGUACAAGUGUUCUCCAAAGUGCUGCAUCUUCAUUCAUUGCACCUUCUAUAAAGUAAUUGACUGCCAGGUUGGCCCUUGGAUGGCGAAUUCGUUUGACGAGACAUUUACUUAAGAACUACUUGAGAAAAAAUGCAUUCUACAAGGUCUUCCACAUGGCAAGCAAAAAAAUCGAUGCAGAUCAGAGGAUAACUCAUGACUUGGAUAAAUUAACAAGAGAUUUGUCAGGACUGGUCACUGGAAUGGUAAAGCCAUCUGUGGAUAUUUUGUGGUUCACUUGGAGAAUGAAGCUGUUAACAGGUCAGAGAGGUGUUGGCAUACUCUAUGCUUACAUGUUACUUGGUCUGGGGUUUCUAAGAAUUUUUACUCCAGAUUUCGGUGAUUUGAUAAGUCAACAACAACAACUUGAAGGAACAUUUAGGUUUAUGCAUGAAAGACUUUGUACACAUGCUGAAUCUGUUGCUUUUUUUGGAGGUGGAGCUCGAGAAAAAGCCAUGGUUGAAUCUAGAUUCAGAGAGCUUCUUGCGCACUCCAAUUAUCUUCUAAAAAAGAAGUGGCUGUUUGGUAUAUUAGAUGAUUAUAUCACAAAACAACUUCCUCAUAAUGUCACUUGGGGCCUGAGCUUGUUGUAUGCCAUGGAACACAAGGGCGAUCGAGCAUCUAUUAGCACCCAGGGUGAGCUGGCACAUGCAUUGAGGUUUUUGGCAUCUGUUGUUUCUCAAAGCUUUCUAGCUUUUGGUGAUAUUCUUGAAUUGCAUAGAAAGUUUGUAGAGCUAUCUGGGGGAAUUAAUCGGAUUUUUGAGCUUGACGAAUUUCUGGAUGCAGCAGAAUCUGAAAAUUUCACAAGUGGUGUUAUAUCUCCAGUGAGGAGGGAUAUUCAUUCCACAGAUGUAAUUUCCUUCUCGAAGGUUGAUAUUGUAACCCCUGCUCAAAAGAUGUUGGCCAGGGAACUAGAAUGUCGCAUUGAGCGUGGGGGAAGCCUACUCGUUACUGGACCAAAUGGAAGUGGGAAAAGUUCCAUUUUCAGAGUCCUUAGAGGACUCUGGCCACUUGGAAGUGGAAGACUCUCUAGACCAUCUGAAGACGGGGAUCCAGAGGCUGGAUCAGGUUGUGGUAUCUUCUAUGUUCCUCAGCGGCCUUAUACAUGCUUGGGAACCCUGAGGGAUCAAAUCAUAUAUCCCCUUUCCCAUGAGGAAGCAGAGAUUAAAGCAUUGAAGUUGUAUGGAGAAGGUAAAAAGCAUGCUGACACCAAAAGUAUGUUGGAUGCACGCUUGAGAGAGAUCCUGGAGAAAGUUCGGUUGAGUUAUCUUCUAGAAAGGGAGAAAAGCAGUUGGGACGCCAAUUUAAACUGGGAAGACAUUCUCUCUCUUGGAGAACAACAGAGACUAGGAAUGGCACGCUUGUUCUUUCAAAAGCCCAAAUUUGGUAUCCUUGAUGAAUGCACCAAUGCAACUAGUGUUGAUGUUGAGGAACACCUUUAUGGGCUUGCAAAAGAUAUGGGAAUCACGGUGGUUACUUCCUCACAACGUCCUGCUCUAAUACCAUUUCAUUCGAUGGAAUUGCGGCUAAUUGAUGGUGAGGGUAACUGGGAGCUUCGUCUGAUCAAGCAGUGAUCAUAUACCGAGGUGGCGAUUGGCAAGCAAACUCUAAUGGCAAUCUGCCAAAAUUGUCGAUGCUAAGUUGGUGCACACAAUCAUUGCAUGAUAUAUGCAGUUGAUAUAAUGAUCAAUCAUGUACAAUCCCCUCCUCUUCCUUUCCCUCUUAGGUAGUGUAUAUUGAUUCACAUGUUAUAGCAAUUGGAUGUAAUAAUUAUAUUUAUUAUUUAUAAUCAACAGGAGAGAGAGAGGCUCCUGUUUCUUAGGAUAGUAAAUUUUCGAGAGAGACCUAUAGUUGAACCCGAGGAUUCAAAUCUGUGUGUGUAUUUUCUAGUAUACUAAGGUUAUAUAUGUGGGUCUGUUGGUUAAUGGAAGUGCUACUGAUCAGCAUCAAACGUAGAAAACUGAUCGUUGACAAUUGACAUGCAUCACUGCCAUACUCUCCAGCUUGUGACUUUUGAGCCAUCAUAAGCCGGCCCUUACCUCUUCUUGAUUCGGCGAUUCCGGUGUCUUUAAUGGUUGGUGAGUGAUAAUGAGAGGGAGAAUAAGCUACUUCAAGAAUUGGUUACGGCAUUAACGUAGGAUCUCAGACGGCCACGGGAAUGUUUGAUUGUUCUUGCUGGAAUUGAAGAAAGUUACCUAAUAGUGUUUUGUUGUGCAUACCAGAAGCUUUUAGUUUCUACUUUCUUCUUUACUGUAUAAGAUUAAUCUACUGGUCUACUGGUACUGGGGAUUUUCUUUUUGAUAUUCAUUUUUAAAAAUAUUAUUUUUAUACUA